UGUACCCGCCUUUUGACCCAAAUUGUUUGCCCUAAUUUUUCAUCUACAUCACUUUGUCCCCCAAAUUUUUCUCAAAGAAAUCUACGCAGGACGAAGCCCACCACAAGCUCGUCGAUUCGCUGCUCCCGACUCGAAUUGGAGAGGGGCUCGACUGUUUCGUUGCAAUUCCGAGGAGUUUGAUGGCUUCGGAGAAGGAGACCAUGGAGGGGAGCGAGAAGCAGGAGGGGGAGAAGGGGAAGGACCCAACUGAGGUUGCAGGGAAAGGCGAAGUUGCGGAAGUGGAGGGGGACAAGCGGGAAGAAGAUGAGGGCAGCGAGAAGGUGGAUGGAGACGAGGAGAUGGAGGAAGCAGGAAAGGAGGGGGAUGAAAUUGGCGAAGAGAGGGAAGAGGAAGGAAAAGGGGGAAAGGAUGAGGACGAGGAAGAGGAGGAUGAAGCGAAGGGGGGAAAUAAAGGGAAGAGAAUCGGGAAGAGGGGUUCGAGGGGAAAGAAAACGAGUGAGGCUGGGGACUUGUCGUCGCCGAGGACGCCUGGGAGCGAAAGGCCGACGAGGGAGAGGAAGACGGUGGAAAGGUUUAUGGUGACGGAUACACCUAGGGUUUCUGCAGCUAAGCCUUUGUCAAUUGAGAAGGGUCAAGGCACACAAUUCAAGGAUAUACCUAACGUGGCUUUCAAGUUGUCCAAGAGAAAAGCUGAUGAGAACCUGCAGCUUCUUCACACCAUUCUUUUUGGCAAGAAAGCAAAGGCUCACUCUUUGAAGAAAAACAUUGGUCUAUUUUCUGGUUUUGUAUGGACGGACAAUGAGGAAAAGCAGAAGGCUAAAGUGAAGGAGAAAUUAGACAAAUGUGUGAAGGAAAAGUUGUUGGACUUUUGUGAUAUUUUGAAUAUUUCAGUUAAUAAAGCUUCAACAAGGAAGGAGGAAUUAUCUGCUAAGUUGUUCGAGUUCCUUGAAUCCCCCCAUGCUACUACAGAUAUCUUGCUAGCAGAGAAGGAGAAUGCUAAGAAGCGGAAGAGUAAAGGUUCAGCUAGAAAAAGUCAAGGUUCGAGGAAAUCUACUAAGAAACAGAAAGUUGAUUCUGAUUCUGCGAAGAGGCGAAAAGAGUCUGCUGCUGAAGAUGAUGGUAAAAGUGAACCUUCAGAAAAUGAGGAUGACCAGGAUGAGGCAGCUCCUGCAGCAGAAAGUGAUGCCGAAGAGAAUGUGUCAGAAGAGGAGACAAAUGACGAUCAAGAUGAGGAAGAGAAGCAGAAUGUUGUGGAGAAGGGUUCUGCCAAGCAAAGUGCUAUAAAAGACACUCGUAGCUCUGGUGGGAAGUCCAAGACUUCUGAUAAACCUGUGGGAAAAUCUUCAAGUUCGAAAUCAAAAAAGCAAACUGCUGAAGCUGAAUCUGAGAAAAAUACUAAGCCACGUGUAACUAAGAAACAGAAAGCUGAGAAAGAUGCCAGUCCACCGGGAAAGACUGCAUCUCCCAGCAAGAAGAGGUCGAGCAGGUCUUCAAAGAAAGCCACCGAAAAGGAUGAAGACGAGGAUAGUGAAAUAGCUGUGAAAGAGCCUACCCGAGAAGAAAUGCAUGCUGUAGUAGUGAAUAUGCUAAAGCAAGUGGAUUUCAACAAGGCAACUUUAUCAGACAUCCUCAAACAACUAGGAGCACACUUUGAAGUAGAUUUGAUCCACCGGAAAGCUGAGGUAAAGGAUAUAAUAACCGAGGUAAUACAGAACAUGUCCGAUGAUGAGGAUGAUGAGGAUGAAUCUGGGGAUGAAGAUGAACCUGGUAAAGACGCAGGGGAUGACUAAGAGACAAUACCGGAACAUUUGAUCCCUGUUUUUCCAGAGCUUCGGACACCAACUGCUCCAGCCAAGGUUGCCUGGAAAGGCUGUAUCUGUGUUCAUGCUUCUCUUACAGUAGAGCAUUCAGACUGUAAAAUUUUCUUCCAGUUUUAGGUUUGGACAUAACUGCAGAAACUAGGAGAGACAUUAACUACAUAAUAUGUGCUAAUAUAUCUUAUAUAUUACAGUUUGAUCUGAUGUAACAGCUUUUCUUUCUUUUUUUUUUUGUUUUUGGGACCUUAUUUGUUGGAAAGUUGACUAAUUUAUCAGUGACUUCUUUGGGCACAUAUGAAUUUCUAUCAAUUAUAGAAAGUUUAUUUUAUUAUUUAUGUAUGAUAAUGAACGUGUGUGUAUGCACACACAUAUAUAUAUAUAUAUAUACACGCCAGCUGCCAUGUUCUUUGCAGGGACCACAAUUUCUGAUGGAUGGAAGUGGCGAGAUCUCAGCAGAAAUUCCAACAAUUGACUUAUCUCUCCAGAGAUCGGUGGUUGUCGAUGGAAUUUGUGGUGCUUGCCGGCGAUUCGGUUUGUUCCAUGUAAUUAAUCAUGGUGUGGAGAGUUCAGUAAUUGAGGAAGCUCUGGAUGUGAAUCUGAGAUUCUUCAGGAUGGAACCGGAGGCGAAGGAGGAGCUCAUGUCCGAUGAUGUGUACAAGGAAGUUCGAUUUUCGACUCAAAAAGGGGAUUUUGCAAGGGAUUUCCUCAAGCUUUACGCCUACCCUCUCGAUCAAUACAUCGCUUGCUGGCCACAAGUUCCUCUCGACUACAGGUAA